UCGAAGCGCCGGAGGGGACUGCGAGCCCCGGGUCUUCAGCCGCCGGUCCAGCCCACUCGGAAGGGGCGGGCUCAGGUGCCAGGCGGAAUUUGUGAGUCGGUGGGCGGUACACUUCGGUGUCUAGCUCCCUCCGGGGACGAGAAGUCGCAUCCAGAGGCACUGGAGGGAGCGGGGACUACGACCCUCACAGUCCUGCAAAAAACUCAGUUGGAAUCUUGCAUCCUUCCAUCUCGAAGCCCAAAUGGCACAGUGGGAGAUGCUGCAAGAUCUGGACAGCCCAUAUCAGGAUCUGCUACACCAGCUCUACUCACAUAGCCUCCUGCCAGUGGACAUUCGACAGCACUUGGCUGCCUGGAUUGAAGACCAGAACUGGCGAGAAGCUGUGCUGGGCAAUGAUGAUUCUAAGGCUACCAUGCUGUUCUUCCACUUCUUGGAGCAAGUGAACUUCGAGUGUGGCCGCUGCAGUCAAGACCCUGAGUGCUUGUUGCUGCAACACAACUUGAGAAAAUUCUACCGGGACCUUCAGGCCUUCCCCAGAGGCCCUACCCAAUUGGCUGAAAUGAUGUUUAACCUCCUUUUGGAAGAAGAAAAAAUUCUGAAUCAGGCUCAGAGGGCCCAGAUGGAGCCAGGCCAGCCGGCUCUGGAAGCACCUGUGGAGAGCCAGCAGCAUGAUAUCGAGUCCCGGCUCCUGGAUUUGAAGGCUAUGAUGGAGAAGCUGGUGAAGUCCAUCAGCCAGCUGGCAGACCUGCAGGACGUCUUCCGCUUCCGCUACAACACGCAGGCCCAAGGGAAGGCAGCCUGUUCGGACCCUCAUUGGAACAGACAGCAGCAGCUACUGCAAGAAACCCUCAAUGAACUGGACAAAAGGAGAAAGGAGGUGCUGGAUGACUCUAAAGCAUUGUUAGGCCGACUGACUACCCUUGUCGACCUGCUGCUUCCGGAGCUGGAUGAAUGGAAAGCCCAACAGCAAAAAGCCUGCAUUGGAGCCCUCCAGCAGCCUGGGCUGCAACAGCUGGAGAAGUGGUUUACAGAGGGAGCCAAGCUGUUGUUUCACCUGUGGAAGCUAACUAAGGAGUUGCAGGUGACCCACCUGGUUACCUACGAGAACGACCCUCUGAUCAAAGGUGUAGACCUGCAGAAGUCCCAGAUCCUAGAACUGCUGAAGCGUCUGCUCUACAGAGCCUUUGUGGUGGAAAUCCAGCCCUGCAUGCCCCAGAUUCUCCAUCGACCCCUCAUCAUCAAGACAGGGAGCAAGUUCACUGCCCGAACAAGGCUGCUGGUCAGACUCCAGGAAGGCAGUGAGUCCCUGACCGUGGAAGUCUCCAUUGACAGGAAUCCUCCUCAAUUACAAGGCUUCCGGAAGUUCAACAUUCUGACCUCAAACCAGAAAACGUUGACACCCGAAAGGGGGCAGAGUCAGGGCUUAGUUUGGGACUUUGGCUAUUUGUCCCUGGUGGAGCAGCGUUCAGGCGGUUCAGGAAAGGGCAGCAAUAAGGGGACACUGGCUGUCACAGAGGAGCUGCACGUCAUCAGCUUCACGGUCAAAUACACCUACCAGGAUCUGAAGCUGGAGUUGAGAACAGACACCCUCCCUGUGGUAGUCAUCUCCAACAUGAACCAGCUCUCCAUUGCCUGGGCCUCCAUUCUCUGGUUCAAUCUUCUCAGUCCCAACCCCCAGAACCAGCAGUUCUUCUGCAGCCCCCCGAAGGCCCCCUGGAGCUUGCUGGGCCCCGCUCUCAGUUGGCAGUUCUCGUCCUAUGUUCACCGGGGCCUCAACCCGGAGCAGCUCGCCAUGCUCAAGGACAAGCUGUUUGGGAAGAGUGCUAGGAAUGAGGACCCAUUGUUGUCCUGGGCCGACUUCACCAAGCGAGAAAGCCCCCCUGGCAAGAUCCCCUUUUGGACGUGGCUGGACAAAAUUCUAGAGCUGGUGCAUGACCACCUGAAGGAGCUCUGGAAAGACGGGCGCAUCAUGGGCUUUGUGAGCCGCAGCCAAGAGCGCCGGCUGCUGAAGAAGAUGGUGUCUGGCACCUUCCUUCUGCGCUUCAGUGAAUCGUCGGAAGGGGGCAUCACCUGCUCCUGGGUGGAGCACCAGGAGGAUGAUAAGGUGCUCAUCUGCUCAGUGCAGCCCUACACCAAGGAGGUGCUGCAGUCGCUCCCGCUGACCGAGAUCAUCCGCCACUACCAGCUGCUCACCGACGAGAACAUCCCUGAGAACCCGCUGCGCUUCCUCUACCCCCGAAUCCCCCGCGAUGAGGCUUUUGGAUGCUACUACCAGGAAAAAGUUAAUCUCCAGGAACGGAGGAAAUACCUGAAACAUAGGCUCAUUGUGGUCUCCAACAGACAGUUGGAUGAGCUGCAGCCACCGCCACCGCCACUGAAGCUGGAGCCAAAAUUGGAGCCGUUAGAGCUGGAGCCGGGGCUAGCACCAGGCCCGGAGCUAGCGUUAAGCCUGGAGUUAGGGACCCUGCUGGAGACAGGGCUGGACCUGGGGCUGGAGACAGGGCUGGACCUGGGGCUGGAGCCCACGCUGGGCCUGGUGCCACAGAGCAUGCCAGAGCCAGACCUGCUUCCUGACUCCCAGCCAGGGCCAGAGCCAGAAGCAGAUCUGCCCGGCGACCUGAGACACUUGAACACUGAGGAAAUGGAAAUCUUCAGAAACUCCGUGAAGAUUGAAGAGAUCAUGCCCAAUGGAGACCCGCUGUUGGCUGGCCAGGACGCCAUGGAUGACACUUACAUCUCCUGCCACAGCCACUUUGACUCUGACGGGCCCUUGGUUCCGUCUGACUACUAGGAACUGCAUUUCCUCUGCCCCACAUCUCUUGCUGCUCCUCCCCCCUCCCCACGUCAUGAUGCUGCUCUCCAAGGGUGGGAGUGAGAGUGGGAGGUGAGAGCCUCACAAGGACAUGCAAGGGCACCACGGAGUCAGAUCAGAUGCUGGCCAUAGUUCCGAGCAGGAUCCCCGGGGCUACCUGCUGGGCCCGAGGUGUGGGCUUCUGGGGGCAGGACAGGAUGGUAGCAGGUGCUGGAAGAUGCUCAGGCAGGGCUUCUUGCCAGCUUGGAAGGACUGUAGCAUUUGAAUACCAGGUAAGGCUGAGCUAGUGUACCCUGGCACCGGCCCUUGGUGGGGAGCACAGAGGCAUAGCGGGACUCUGUUUUUCUGACUCAGCCCACCCAGGGAAGCUGUACCCUGAGGAUGGCGGUAGGAGGUAGCCCUGCUCUUCUCACUAGGCUCAUCCCUUGCUCCGCCCCCUCAGCUGGCCGAGUGCAUCUCUCCCACAAGAUGACUCAGCCAAUCCACUGUGGCUGUGAAGCUUUGUACACUGACUCAAGCUGCUUAGUCUCCACUUCCCCAACACUUAGGGGACAGAUUGCCACUGGAGGCCAGGGAGGGCAGGGAUGCCAGGAAUUUAGGAAUUGGUUUCAACGGCACUGGGUAGAGUUCAGGGAUUUCUGGAAGAAGACAAGGGUUGGGUCUUGCCUAUUUUUCUACUACACUGUCAUCCUCCUUCUUUUAUACACUGUAUUUACCUGAAGGGAAGGCUUCUUUCUCUUCCUUGGGAGUGGAGCUGGGCAAAGACCAAGUCCCUGGAACUUCAUGCCUCGAAGGUUUAACAUAAGACCCUGGACAGCCUCACACCUUUGCUGCCCCCAGGGGUAACUGCCAUUUCACUAAGAUGUGCUUCCGGUGUAACUCGAGGUGGAUGAAGGUGAGGCCCAGGCACGUGGCUGCUUCGUGGCUGCUGUGUCAGCACAACAGCCCCUCGCGGCCCUUCCCAGCAGCAACAGCUAAUAAACUUCAUGCUGGCCUGGAA